AUGAGCACUUGUGUGGUGACGGUAUUUCUGGUACUGUUCACCACAAUAUCUUUAGCUUUCCAACUUCUGCCUGUAAUAAGCGUCCCAUUUACUGCCAAUUUGGCGUUAUCAAGAUACGACAACCGAGCUUACGGGGUAUUCGGCUGGUGUUACAAUGCAGAAAAUGGUUCAAAGCACUGUAUGUCUGCAAGUAUUGGCUACACAGAUUUAUAUGACAACAGGAUCGUACACAAAGUCAACUUGCCGUCAAGACUGAGAUAUUCAUUUACAAAACUGUUAAUCGUACAUCCUCUAUCACUUGGAAUCACGUUUAUACUAUGGAUUAUGGUAAUUUUGGUCUUAUUACCGCCAUUUAGAUCAUCACCCCGUUAUCUUCUAAUUGUGGCACUUUAUUCCACACCAGCUUUUCUCUGCUGCCUUCUGGCCUUUUUGAUUGAUAUUCUUUUGUUUAUUUCUCAGUUAGAUUGGAUAGGAUGGCUGGUGCUGGCAAGUACCGUCAUAAUGGCCAUAUGCUGCUUUUUACUCUGGACGCUGAGGAGAUCUGCAUCCAUAAAGAAGUAUGAGAAACUCUUUUCGGAUGACAGAGUUUCCUCUAUACAGGCGUACUCUAUGUGUGAACUCAAGUCAAACGCAAACAAUAUGCCAUCGGAUUCCACUCAGGAGUCAGGAGUGGAACCACUACUGGAACCUCAUUUGACUUAUAGAGGAUCCUUAGAUUAG